AUGUCCAAUUUACCACCAAAUCCAUUUAACAAAUUCCCUGGGCCGCCACAAAUGAACGCAAAUACAGGGCCUGCCUUCAAUCAUAAUCAGCCAGUAGGUCAUGUACCACUGAGCCAGUUGCCCCCAGGAUAUGGAGCCAUAAAGCAGGAUGCAAAUUCAAAUAGCCCUCUCCACGCGACGUCAGUGCCCCAGAACAGUGCUCUACAAAAUGUGAACAACUACACACAGAGUGCAAGCAGUUCUCCUGCAUUCAAUCAACCUGGAAUGAUGUCACCUGUGCAAUAUGGACUUCAGUCAUCACCUAUGAGACCACCUAUGUCAGCUGCCCCCAGUUCAUUGUCAAAUCCUCUCCUACCCCAGGCUCCCUUGUCAUCUUCAAGUCCUAGAACUGUAUCUCAUGCCAAUCCUUCCCCCACACCUUACCCGCCUAGCUAUCAACCCCAACAACAAAUUAAUGAUAAUGCUCCACCUCUUAUUCCUUCUAGUCAAAAUCAACCUCUAGUAAGUGGCCCACCUAUGUCCCAUCCAAGGCCUCAAUUAAGCCAACAACCUGGUUCUUCAAGUGUUUAUAGUUCUCAACCAGGAGGCAAGCCACCUGUCAGCUCUAGCCAUGUUCAAGGGAUGUCAAAUUCACCAUAUGGGCCACAAUCAGGUGUUCUUAAUAAGCCUGGACCUCCUGUGACAAGUCAAUCACAUACUCCUUUCUCUACUCCCCCUCUGACUGGCCCCCCUAGACACAGUCCUGCUGUACAUGGGUCGACAGUCAGUGGACCUCCUGUUGGUAUGACAGGCUAUGGUGGGCCUCAAACUGCAGUUCCUCCACAACAAGUUGUAAUGAAUGGACCUCAAGCAGCUGGACCUCGAUCAAUGCCACCAUCAUCUGAAGCACUAAUAGGUCCUCCUAGAACUGGUGGAGGUGGAAUACCCGCUGGACCUGGAGGACUAACAAGUGCAGCACCAAUGGUGCCACCUUUAAGUGUUGCUCCAGCGCAGUCAUAUUCUGGACAGUUUAAAAAUGGACCAUCAGAUCAGCCCAUAAGCCAACCUGGCCCUUCUGGACAUAUGGGACCUUUAAAUACAUAUAGCAGCCAUCAAAAUCAAGUUCAUGUACAUCAGAUCCCACCAACGGGACAGCAAGGACCUCCAAUGGGACAUCAAAUGGGCCCACCGCCGGGGCCUAUUAUUCCUUCUAGUGGGGUUCCUAAGAGCAAUAUGCAGAAUAGAUAUCCACAAAUGGCUCAAGGAAAUUAUGUAAAUAGUCAACAACAACAACAAAUGAUCAUGCAGCAAAAUAUAAUGAAGCAAUUCCCUCAGCAUGGCAGCAGCUCCUAUGGUACUCAAGGUCUAACCCAGCAGAUGGGUCAACUUAGUGUUACAAAACAAGGUUUUGAUCAGUUGUGGGGUCAUCAUAUGGUAGAUCUUCUUCAGUGCAAAAACAUACUGCCCGAGUACCCUGAAGACCCACCAGAGAUCAAACUUGGACAUCAAUUUGCUGAGGCACCUAACUGUAGCCCUGAAAUCUUCAGAUGCACCAUCAACCGGAUACCAGAGACGAAUAAUCUUCUACAGAAGUCAAGACUCCCUCUCGGUAUAUUAAUACAUCCAUUCAAAGAUCUAAAUCACCUCCCAGUGAUACAGUGCACCACGAUAGUUCGCUGUCGCGCCUGUCGAACGUACAUCAAUCCCUUCGUGUACUUCGUCGACGCUAAGCGGUGGAAGUGUAAUCUGUGCUACAGGGUCAAUGACUUGCCAGAAGAGUUCCAAUAUGAUCCAGUAAGCAAGUCCUACGGCGACCCGUCUCGUCGGCCGGAGAUCAAAUCUGCGACCAUCGAGUUCAUUGCCCCCGGGGAGUACAUGCUUCGACCGCCACAACCUGCCGUCUACUUGUUUCUUUUCGACGUCUCGCAAUUAGCUAGGGAUUCGGGUUAUUUACAGGUAGUAUGCGAUACGCUAAAGACAUGUCUAGACGAAUUGCCAGGCGAUGCGCGUACGCAAAUUGGUUUCAUCUGUUACGAUGCGCAUGUGCAUUACUACUUUAUGAGUGAAGGACUCACCCGGCCUAAAGAGAUGACUGUCCUCGAUAUUGACGACGUGUUCCUGCCGUCCCCGGAGGCGCUGCUGGUGAACGUGGGCGAGCGGCGCGAGCUGGUGCGCGAGCUGCUGGGCUCGCUGCCGGCGCGCUACGCGGCGCCCGCCACCGCCGCGGCCACAACCACCACCGCCACCGCGCCCACCGCCGCCUGCGCGCUCGGCGCCGCGCUGCAAGCCGCCUACAAACUCAUGGCGCCCACUGGAGGACGAAUAACAGUAUUCCAGACAUGUUUACCGAACGUUGGCCCUGGAGCACUACAGCCUAGAGAAGACCCUAACGCGCGAUCGUCAAAAGACGUGGCCCACUUGAACCCCGCGACAGACUUCUACAAGCGGCUGGCGUUGGACUGCAGCGGCGCACAGAUCGCCGUCGACCUGUUCCUGCUCAACUCGCAGUACGCAGACCUCGCCACGCUCAGUGGCAUGAGCAAGUUCAGCGCGGGCACGGUGUACCACAUCCCUCUGUUCCGCGCCUCGCGCCAGUGGCAAGUCGAGCAGCUAAACAGAAUGUUAACACGAUAUCUCACUAGGAAGAUCGGCUUCGAGGCUGUCAUGAGAGUACGGUGUACCAGGGGCAUUACAAUCCACACGUUCCACGGCAACUUCUUCGUCCGUUCGACGGACCUGUUGUCGCUGCCCAACGUGUCGCCCGACGCAGGCUUCGGCAUGCAGCUCACCAUCGAGGAGUCGCUUGCCGACCUGCAGCAGGUGUGCUUCCAGGCCGCUUUGUUGUAUACUAGCAGUAAAGGUGAAAGGCGGAUACGAGUGCACACAAUGGCUCUGCCGCUAGCGAGCAAUUUGACUGAUGUCUUGCACGCGGCUGAUCAACAAUGUAUUAUAGGACUACUUAGUAAAAUGGCGGUGGACCGGUGUCAAACGGCUUCGAUGAGCGAGGCUCGAGAAGCGGUGAUGAACGUAGCGGUGGACGCGUUAUCGGCGUUCCGCCUGUCGCAGAACCUGCCCGCCGGACACCUCAGCAGCGCGCUGCACGCGCCCGUCUCGCUCCGGCUACUGCCGCUCUACCUACUCGCACUUCUCAAAAGGAAAGCGUUCCGCACGGGCACGUCGACGCGGCUAGACGACCGCGUGGCGGACAUGUGCGCGCUGAAGUGCUCGGCGCUGGCGCAGCUCAUGCGCGGCGUGUACCCGCAGCUGUACGACAUCAGCGCGCUGGCCAGCCACACGCCCAGCGAACACCUGCCCGACGAGGACUGCGCGCCCGACCCGCCGCAGCUGCAGCUGUCCGCCGAGAGGAUAAACUCGACGGGCGCGUACCUGCUGGACGCGGGCGACAGCAUGAUCGUGUACGUGUGCCACCGCGUCAGCGCGGCGUUCCUGUCGGACACGAUGGGCGUGGCCGCCUUCGCGCAGCUGCCCGACGAAGCUCGCUCCCUGCCGCGCACCGACUCGCCCGGCAACACUCUGCUGCACGACUUCAUCGACAAGCUCAACGACGACCGGCCCUACGCCGCCGACAUACUCGUGCUCAGGGACAACUCACCAAACCGAACGUUAUUCACAGAACGUCUAAUCGAAGACCGAUUGGAGUCCUCAUUCUCGUACUACGAGUUUUUACAACACGUCAAAAAUCAAGUGAAAUGA